AUGUCUAAGCCUGUUGUUGCCAUCGUCGGAGCUAAUGGUGUCCUUGCCAAAAACCUAAUUGCUGCUCUCUUGUCACCUGCUUACAAUGAUACAAUUUCGUUUCCAAUUCGUCUUGUGACUGGAAACGUUGAAAAGACCAAAACUCUUGAAGCAGUUGCCGCUUCCCCAGAGCUAUUUGAUAUCUACAAGGCUGACAUUUUAAGUGGAGAGGGCCUUGCUAAGCCCUUCACUGGAGCGACUGCUGUUGUCAACCUUGUUGGUGUCUACGGGUUUUCUCACAAUCAAAUUACAGAUGCUGCUGCAGAUGCUGGAAGUGUCAAGUUAUACAUCCCCUCUGAAUUUGGCGUCAAGACCACCAAAGAAAAACUUGGCAAAUAUGCACCAAUUUUUGGUGUUAAAUUGUCUGCCAGAGAACAUGCCCUAACCAAGUCUUACAAGACUGUAGCUGUGUUCAAUGGAUUAUUCACUGAAUUUGCAUUUACAAUCCCUGGUCUUGGUGGUUUUGUUAGCGAUUCUCGAAUCGAGGUAUAUUCUCCUGAUGCUGAUUACACAACUACCAGUUUACCUGACGUCGGGCGCGCAAUCGCAGCUAUUGUAAGCAAGUCUCUUGAUGAAGAUGAGAUUCCUGAUCAGGUUGUUUUGCGUGGUGAUACAAUUAAUGGAAAAAAACUUGCAGAGAUCUACGAAAAGAUUAAAAGUACUAAGGUCGAGUACGUGGAGAAACCUGCAGAAGAUAUUUUGAGUGUCACUGACAAAAUUGUUGAUACUGGAUAUGCCAAAGAUAUGAAUGAGUUCGGGGCCGUUUUGAUUGCUCUUUUUUCUCAAGGUUUUACCAACUUGACCCCUAAUUACGAAGAAGUAACGGGAAGUGAUUUCAAGUUUGAAUCAGCUACCGAAGUUGCUGAGCGCUUGUUUAAGUAA